AUGCAAUCAAGUAACAAAGGAAACAAAACUUGUCUGGCUCAUGUUAUUUCGAUAAUUACAAGAGCCACAUUGCUGAUUUCUUAUGAUUCUCAUGCGAUGAUGGAACAAAGACAAAUCAUGAUAAUGCGAACUAAAUCGAAUAUUAAGAUGAAAUUGUCACGAUUUGCAGUUGUUAGCUAUGGACAUGUCAUAAGUUCCAUUACUUCAUCUGAUAAGCAUUUAUUUAUGCUUCGAGAAAAUGAAUGCCUUUCAUAUCAUGCGAGAAAUGUAUGA